UUGUGGCAUGCGUGAGGCGGCGGCUGGGCACCGCCAUUUUGGCCGGUGGCCGCAGGAACACGCUGUGUGGCUGAGAAGUGAAAAGCAAGCGCCGAUUUGAUCUCUGCGUUCCCCUCCGCAAGGGGAAUCUGUUUCUCCAGAGGAACUGGAUAUUCUUACUUCCUUAGAAUCAUGGCGGAUAAAUUAACAAGAAUUGCUAUCGUCAACCAUGACAAAUGUAAACCUAAGAAGUGUCGGCAGGAGUGCAAGAAGAGUUGCCCUGUGGUUCGGAUGGGAAAAUUAUGCAUAGAGGUUACCGCCCAGAGCAAAAUAGCUUGGAUUUCUGAAACUCUUUGUAUUGGCUGUGGUAUUUGUAUUAAAAAAUGCCCCUUUGGCGCCUUAUCAAUUGUCAAUUUACCAAGCAACUUGGAAAAAGAAACAACACACCGAUAUUGUGCCAAUGCCUUCAAACUUCACAGGUUGCCUAUUCCUCGUCCGGGUGAAGUUUUGGGAUUAGUUGGAACUAAUGGUAUUGGAAAGUCAACUGCUUUAAAAAUUUUAGCAGGAAAGCAAAAGCCAAACCUUGGGAAGUAUGAUGAUCCACCUGAUUGGCAAGAAAUUCUGACUUACUUCCGUGGAUCUGAAUUGCAAAAUUACUUUACCAAGAUUCUUGAAGAUGACCUAAAAGCCAUUAUCAAACCUCAGUACGUAGACCAGAUUCCCAAGGCUGCAAAGGGGACAGUGGGGUCUAUUUUGGACCGAAAAGAUGAAACAAAGACACAAGCAAUUGUAUGUCAGCAGCUUGAUUUAACCCAUCUGAAAGAACGCAAUGUUGAAGAUCUUUCAGGAGGAGAGUUGCAGAGAUUUGCCUGUGCGGUCGUUUGCAUACAGAAAGCUGAUAUUUUUAUGUUUGAUGAACCUUCUAGUUACCUAGAUGUCAAGCAGCGUUUAAAGGCUGCUAUUACUAUACGAUCUCUAAUAAAUCCAGACAGAUAUAUCAUUGUGGUGGAGCAUGAUCUAAGUGUAUUAGACUAUCUCUCUGACUUCAUCUGCUGUUUAUAUGGCGUACCAAGUGCUUAUGGUGUUGUCACUAUGCCUUUUAGUGUAAGAGAAGGCAUAAACAUUUUUUUGGAUGGCUACGUUCCAACAGAAAACUUGAGAUUCAGAGAUGCAUCACUUGUUUUUAAAGUGGCUGAGACAGCAAAUGAAGAAGAAGUUAAAAAGAUGUGUAUGUAUAAAUAUCCUGGAAUGAAGAAAAAGAUGGGAGAGUUUGAGUUAGCGAUUGUAGCUGGAGAGUUUACAGAUUCUGAAAUCAUGGUGAUGCUGGGGGAAAAUGGUACUGGUAAAACGACAUUUAUCAGAAUGCUUGCUGGAAGGCUUAAACCUGAUGAAGGAGGGGAAGUUCCAGUUCUAAACGUCAGUUAUAAGCCACAGAAAAUCAGUCCCAAAUCAACCGGAAGUGUUCGCCAGCUACUACAUGAAAAGAUCAGAGAUGCUUACACUCAUCCACAGUUUGUGACUGAUGUAAUGAAGCCUCUGCAAAUUGAAAACAUCAUCGAUCAAGAGGUGCAGACAUUAUCUGGUGGUGAACUGCAGCGAGUAGCAUUAGCUCUUUGUUUGGGCAAACCUGCUGAUGUCUAUUUAAUUGAUGAACCAUCCGCAUAUUUGGAUUCUGAGCAAAGAUUGAUGGCUGCUCGCGUUGUCAAACGUUUCAUACUCCAUGCUAAGAAGACAGCCUUUGUUGUGGAACAUGACUUCAUCAUGGCCACCUACCUAGCAGAUCGAGUCAUUGUUUUUGACGGUGUUCCAUCCAAGAACACAGUUGCAAACAGUCCUCAAACCCUUUUGGCCGGCAUGAAUAAAUUUUUGUCUCAGCUUGAAAUUACAUUCAGAAGAGACCCAAACAACUACAGGCCAAGAAUAAACAAGCUCAAUUCAAUCAAGGAUGUAGAACAAAAGAAGAGUGGAAACUACUUUUUCUUGGAUGAUUAAAGUGAAUCGGAGAAUAUUGAUAAGCCAUUUAUUAAGAGAAACAUUUAUUGGGAUUUUUGUCAUAUAAAAUUUAAAUCAGGUGUUAUACACCACAUGCUCUAGAGCUUGAAGUAUAAUUUACUUACUGUAACAUCAAAAGCCAGUUGUGUUGUAAAUUGUCUGAAUACAGAAAAUGCCACUUUUCUGAUCUUGAUGAUAGAACCCUUUUUGUGCAUAACAUUCUAAAAUGAAGACAUUUCAAGCUAUACAAAUUACCUCCAGGUUUCCAUAAUGUAUAGGAAGAUUUUCAGUAGGUUUAUUAUAUAUUCAUGUACCAAAUGCUGAGCAGUGUUGCCCCGUUUAAAAAUCUUGAAAAAGGUUUCUGCACUACAUGGUUUGCCAAGUAUGCAAUUAUAAUGAAACUGCCCUUAUUUUAAAAUCCAAUUGAUUACUUCACUGAUUAAAUUUGAUAAACAAA